AUGUCUAGACAAAUUGACAAAGAAAGCGAUAAUCAACAAACAGGAAUGGUUGAAAGCGGCCGCGACCGGUUUAGCAGGUCGGAUUUCCAUACCCUCAGAAUAAACGAGGUGGUACAAGCGCUCGGUACCAACAUCACCAGCGGCCUCAACACGCACGAAGCCGAAGCGCGACUCCAUCUGAUCGGUGAGAACACGCUGGGCGACGACUCGAAGAUCGACAUCAAGAGUAUUUUGAUCCACCAGAUAUGUAACGCCAUGAUUAUGGUGCUGUUCAUCUCGAUGGUGAUCACGCUUGCUAUUCGCGACUGGAUUUCGGGUGGUGUCAUCGCAUUUGUGGUUUUCAUAAACGUGUUCAUUGGUUCUGUCCAGGAGUACAAGGCCUCCAAGACGAUGAACUCCCUAAAGUCGCUGAGCACGCCGUCUGCGCACGUUGUGCGUGAUGGCUCGGACGAAACAAUCCCAAGUAAGUUGCUAGUGCCUGGCGACGUGUGUCACGUCAAGGCCGGUGACACCGUUCCAGCAGAUUUGCGUUUGGUAGACUGCCUCAAUUUCGAAACUGACGAGGCUCUUCUCACAGGUGAGUCGCUACCAAUUGCCAAAGACGAAAAUCAAACAUACGGGUUGACCGACGACGUGCCCGUGGGCGAUAGGUUAAAUCUUGCCUACGCGAGUUCCACUGUGUCCAAGGGAAGAGCUACAGGUAUAGUUAUCAAAACUGGACUCACUACUGAAAUUGGUAAAAUCGCUGAAAGUUUGCAAACUAAAAAAUCUUUAAUAUCAAAAGAUACUAAUAAAACUUUUUGGCAAAACGCCUACAUAACUUUGAAGGAUAGUGUCGGAUCCUUCUUAGGCACUAAUAUCGGCACGCCACUUCACAGGAAACUUUCCAAGCUGGCUGUUUUGCUUUUCUGCAUUGCAGUUGUAUUUGCCAUUGUGGUUAUGGGUACUCAAAAGUACCAGGUCAACAAAGAAGUUGCCAUUUACGCUAUUUGUGUGGCUGUAUCCAUGAUUCCAUCUUCCUUGGUUGUUGUAUUGACCAUCACUAUGGCAGUGGGAGCAAAGAUUAUGGCCACGAGAAACGUUGUGGUGAGAAAACUCGAUUCUCUAGAAGCGUUAGGUGCGGUUAAUGAUAUUUGUUCCGACAAGACAGGAACUUUGACGCAAGGGAAGAUGAUUGUUAAGCAAGUGUGGGUCCCUUCAUUUGGUACUGUUUCAGUGUCAGAAUCCCACGAGCCUUUCAACCCCACCGAGGGCAUUAUAGAUUUGAUUCCCAAAUUUUCUCCUUAUCAGUUCAAACACGACGACAGCGAAGACGUGGGUAUCAUUACUGAUUUCAAACAGAAAUUACAAGGGCACUCGUUACCUGAAAAUUUGAACCCGGUAGUUUUUGAAAAUUGGUUAAAGACUGCGACACUUGCCAACAUCGCAUUUGUUUUCCAAGAUGAGGAAACUGGAGAAUGGAAAGCUCACGGAGAUCCUACGGAAAUCGCCAUUCAAGUCUUUGCAGCUAGAAUGGAUUUACCAAGAGCUACACUGACCGGCGAAGGUCGAGAUGAGGAGAGCUCUGAUGACGAUGAGUUCAAGACAUAUGAGCACGCUGCAGAGUUCCCCUUUGACUCGUCCAUCAAGAGAAUGUCGGCCGUCUACGUAAACUUGGAAAACAACAACUCCUACCAUGUAUACACCAAGGGUGCUUUUGAAAGAGUAUUGAGCUGUUGUGACACAUGGCUCCCCACUGGAAAUGAAAACGAGCCCCAAGAAUUGACCGACGAAGAUUUGGAAACUAUUUAUAAGAAUGUGGAAGUUUUGUCCUCAGAAGGGUUAAGAGUACUAGCAUUUGCCACGAAGCAGUUCUCGGAAGGAGAAGCCAAAGAAUUGGGAGACAAGCUCCUCAAAGAUCGUGAUUUUGUGGAAAGUGGGCUAACUUUCCAAGGCCUGGUUGGCAUUUACGAUCCUCCCAGAUUGGAAACCGCAGGUGCAGUUAAAAAAUGUCACAAAGCUGGUAUCAACGUCCACAUGUUGACGGGUGAUUUCCCAGGUACAGCUAAAGCUAUAGCACAGGAGGUGGGCAUUUUACCCCACAACCUAUACCACUACCCAAAAGAAGUUGUGGACACGAUGGUAAUGACGGCGUCCCAAUUCGAUGAGUUAACCGAUGAAGAAAUUGAUGCAUUGCCCGUUCUGCCUUUGGUGAUCGCGCGGUGUGCGCCCCAAACAAAAGUGAGAAUGAUCGAUGCGUUGCACCGUAGAGAUAAAUUUUGUGCGAUGACCGGUGACGGUGUCAAUGACUCCCCCAGUUUGAAGAAAGCCAAUGUGGGGAUUGCCAUGGGAAUCAACGGUUCCGACGUGGCGAAGGACGCGUCCGACAUUGUAUUGAGUGACGACAACUUUGCAUCCAUCUUGAAUGCGGUGGAAGAAGGCAGAAGAAUGAGUGAUAACAUCCAGAAAUUCGUGCUACAAUUGCUGGCAGAAAACGUCGCGCAAGCGUUGUACCUGAUGAUCGGACUUUGCUUCUUGGACGACGAGGGACUUUCGGUUUUUCCACUUUCGCCCGUGGAAGUGCUUUGGAUCAUCGUGAUCACGUCGUGUUUCCCCGCCAUGGGGUUGGGGCUGGAAAAGUCUUCGCCGGACAUCAUGGACAAGCCGCCCAAGGACGGCAAGUCGGGCAUUUUCACGUGGGAAGUGAUCGUGGACAUGAUGGUGUACGGGGUGUGGAUGGCGGCGUGCUGUCUGGGUUGUUUUGUCUCGAUCAUCUACGGCAAGGGCGACGGGCAACUGGGCUACAAUUGUAACAACUCGUACAACGAGUCGUGCCACUACGUUUUCAAGGGCCGUGCUGCGACGUUUGCGACGAUGACGUGGUGCGCGCUCAUCCUCGCGUGGGAGGUGGUGGACAUGAGACGCUCGUUUUUCAAGAUGCAGCCGGAGACGGACACGCCGUACACGCAAUGGAUGAAAGACGUGUGGUCCAACCAGUUUUUGUUCUGGUCGAUCGUGUUUGGGUUCUGCUCGGUGUUCCCCGUGGUGUACAUUCCCGUGAUUAGCACGAGCGUUUUCUUGCACUCAGGAAUCGGGUACGAGUGGGGGGUUGCGUUUGCGUUCACGGUUGCGUUUUGGAUCGGAGCCGAGGCCUACAAGUACAGCAAGAGACUGUUUUACCGCAACAGGGAUCAGGUCGAGAACCCGGAGAAGGAUCUUGAAAAAAGACGUGUGUACGAUCCGUUUGAAAAAUACAACACCGCCACGUCGGGCAGCACCACUUUGCAAAUCACGGAGCGCAUGUCGCAAAAAGUGUGA